AGUUUUAGGAUGCUUGGUAUCAGGAACACAAGGCUCCAGGUCCUGAGGCAAUGGAGGAGCAUGAGAAAUGUCUGGUUUCUGAAGAUGAGAACAGAACUGUUUCUGAGAAGCAGAAGUAGAACAAGCUAUGUAGCUGGGAUUUUGAACGGACCUGGCCUAGCUGCAGACCUUAUUUCACUACACCAUCACAGACUCUUAAUACGCAGCCAAGGUGUUGCAAGGCGACCUGAUGAACCUCCCUUGAUAAAAGGCUGGCUUCCUUACCUUGGCAUUGCUCUGAGUCUCCAAAAGAAUCCCUUGGCUUUCAUGAAAAUUCUCCAAAGGAAACAUGGUGACACUUUUACUGUUCUGCUUGCAGGGAGGUAUACCACGUUUAUUCUGGACCCUUUCCAGUACCAUGUCAUAAUGAAAAACCCCAAACAAUUGAACUUUUGGAAGUUCAGCAGACAGUUAUCAGCAAAAGCCUUUGGCAUUAAGAAGUUCGCGACUGAUGAUGACCUUAAUGAAGAUCUUCACAGGCACUAUCUGCUUUUGCAAGGCAAACCUUUAGACGGUCUCCUGGAAUGCGCGAACCAACAACUAAAAGAAAUAUUUGAGUUCCAGCUACUAAAAACCACAGAUUGGAAUACGGCAAGUCUGUUUGGAUUCUGUGCCUCACUGAUAUUUGAGACCACAUUUUCAGUUAUUUAUGGAAAAACUCUUGCUGGUAACAGGAAAAAACUUAUCAGUGAGCUAAGAGAUGAUUUUUUAAAAUAUGAUGAAAUGUUCCCGUACCUAAUAUCUGAUUUACCAAUUCCACUUCUAAAACAUGCGAAAGCUGCGCAGAUGAAAGUUAUAAAACACCUUAUGCCAGAAAAACUGGCUCAGAUGCAAGGGUGGUCAGAAAUUAUUAAGGAAAGGCACAGUGUUCUGGAGAAACAAUAUCUGCCUGAAGACUUUGAAAUAGGAGGACAUCAUCUUGGCUUUCUCUGGGCUUCCAUGGGAAACACCAUUCCAGCUAUGUUCUGGGCAAUGUAUUAUCUUCUUAGACACCCUGAAUGUAUGGAAGCACUUCGUGAAGAAAUUGACAGCCUCCUUCAGUCAACAGGUCAAAAGAAAGGGCCCGGAUUUUCCAUCCACUUCAACAGAGAACAAUUGGACAGCUUGGUCGGCCUGGAAAGCACCAUCUUCGAGGUCAUGCGGCUGUGCUCGUACUCCACCAUCAUCCGGGAAGUUGAAGAGGAUAUGACUUUGAACUUGGAGACUAGCAGCUACCAUGUGAGGAAGGGGGACUUCGUAGCUCUCUUUCCUCCCAUCCUACACAUGGACCCAGAAAUCUUUGAAGCUCCAGAGGAAUUUAGGUUUGAUCGGUUCAUAGAAGAUGGCAAGAAGAAAAAUACCUUUUUCAAAGGAGGAAAAAAGCUGAAGUAUUCUGUCAUGCCAUUUGGACUUGGAGCCAGCAAGUGCCCAGGACGAUAUUUUGCAAUUAAUGAACUAAAACUACUGAUAGCUUUACUUUUAACUUAUUUUGAUAUAGAAAUAACUGACAACAAAACCAUAGAACUAAACUACAGCCGUUUGUUGUUCGGUGUUCAGCAUCCCAAUUCUGACAUCCAAUUUAGGUACAAAGUAAAGUCUUGGAGAAGCUGAAUGGAUGACAAAAGCUUAUCAGAGUGAAGCUACAUGUGCUGAGCAAUUUGGUUGCUGUACUCCUGAAAAUUUAACUACUAUGCUUGUUUGUUUGAAAACAGCAAAUUUAUGUUUGAUCUGAGAGCAAUUCAGUUUGUUCUUGGUCAAAAUGCCUGUCAUAAAAUUAAGUAGGGUGGCGGAAUAAAAAAAAUGCCAUGCCAAUCAUUUCAGGAUAAGUUCAAAGUAACAAUUUCAACUUUGUACUUACUAUGCUUUUUAUCGUUUCUCCUGAAUGUGCUUCUCCAGUGAUAAAUUUGGCCUUGGGUGAUUUUUUUAGUUGCUGAAAUCCUCUAAUAUGAUUUUAUGUACUGCUGGAAAAGUGUACCAUUGGACAGUCUAAUAGUUUUCAAAUUCUCAAGGGAGAAAGAAAUUAGUUCCCAUGAGUUAUAUUGUAUGAAAAUAUUCCCUUCCCUUCAAGUAGAGUCUCAAUAAUGUCUAUAUCACCAGGGUACCUUUGCAUUAAAUUAGUUUCUCAAUAGAUUAAAUGUUCCAACUUCCCUUCAAUAUUUAAUCAUUAAUAAAUGCUCUUUAUAACUUUGUAUUUUACAGUUCAAUAGAACAAAAUUUCUUGUUAUAUGAAACCUCUCGCGUUCAAGUUAGAUACUGUUAAAAUUUAAUAUAUAAGAAAACCCAAAGCCUAUUAUAUAUGCAGAGAUUGCUCUA